CGCUCCCGCGCCCCGCUCCGGUGCCGGCUCCGCGUCCCGCUCCCCGCCAUGAGCAGCUCCCAGUUCAACAAGGGCCCGUCCUACGGCCUCUCCGCCGAGGUCAAGAACCGGCUCGCCCAGAAGUAUGACCCGCAGAAAGAAGCCGAGCUGCGGACGUGGAUCGAGAGCGUCACGGGGCAGCAGAUCGGGCCCGAUUUCCAGAAGGGACUGAAGGACGGGGUGAUCCUCUGCGAGCUCAUGAACAAGCUGCAGCCCAACGCGGUGAGGAAGAUCAACCGCUCGGCUCAGAACUGGCACCAGCUGGAGAACCUCUCCAACUUCAUCAAGGCCAUGGCCAGCUACGGCAUGAACCCCGUGGACCUCUUCGAAGCCAACGACCUCUUUGAGAGCGGGAACCUGACGCAGGUGCAGGUGUCGCUGCUGGCGCUGGCGGGCAUGGCCAAGACGAAGGGGAUGCAGAGCGGCGUGGACAUCGGCGUGAAGUACUCGGAGAAGCAGCAGAGGAACUUCGACGAGGCCAAGAUGAAGGCUGGGCAGUGUGUGAUCGGGCUGCAGAUGGGCACGAACAAGUGUGCCAGCCAGUCGGGCAUGACGGCCUACGGCACCAGGAGGCACCUCUACGACCCCAAGAACCAGAUCCUGCCACCCAUGGACCACUCCACCAUCAGCCUCCAGAUGGGCACCAACAAGUGUGCCAGCCAGGUGGGCAUGACAGCUCCCGGCACCAGGAGACACAUCUACGACGCCAAGAUGGGGACGGAGAAGUGCGACAACUCCUCCAUGUCGCUGCAGAUGGGCUCCAACCAGGGCGCCAACCAGAGCGGCCAGGUCUUCGGCUUGGGCCGUCAGAUCUACGACCCCAAGUACUGCCCGCAGGGUAGCCAGGGCGAGGUGGCCAACGCCGCCUGCGACCAGAGCGGGGACCCCCCUGGGUACCACUACUACCGCGAGGAGGAGGAGAGCUACUGAGCGGGACGUCGCCCAGCCCCGUCUCGCACCAUCUCAUGUACAGACCCCCCCCCCCCGCCAGCAACAUUCCAGCCUCUACUUUCGUCAUUCCUUCUUUUUAAACUCUUUUAUUUUUUUUUUUGUUUUAAACGAAUCUAUUUUUCUGAGCGAGGAAAUAAAAACCCCGUUUCUAGAGAAGAGAGCGGCUGUUUCCCGCAGCCCGUGGGCAGCCCCGGGGCCCCAGCGCAGCCCCGGCGUUUGCAGCGGGAAGGCGGCGGAUGCUCCAGCGCCGAGGAGGGGACGGUGUCUCCUCUCACGCAGCCAAGAAGACGCGUUCCCACCCUGCACCCACUGCGCCCAGAUCACUCAGCAAGGAAAGGGGGCAGCCCCCCACGCUGCCCCCGGUGCCGCUUCUCCCUGUGCUGGCAGGACACGGCUCGGCAGAGGGUGGCUCGGGGUGGCAGGACACGGGGGGAGCACGGCCAGGAGAGCCCCCCAGGCGUGUGGGGGACCAGGAUGCUGCGGGGCUGAGGGGAUGGGGAUGCGUGUGUGCGUGCGGGUGGGCGCAGCAGCCUUGUGAUUUCUAGGAUUGAAGCUGGAAAUGCCUUUUUUGCAGAACUCGUAGGGACCAGGGUCCAUAGGGACCGAGGCCACAGGGCUGGGCUGGCACCCGGCACCCCCGGCACCUCUCGGAAAGCCACAGUGCCCCGGAGGCCUGGCGGAUCCCAGCCCAGGCUGGCUCCCACGGCCACGUCCUCCCCGCAGGGCGAUGCCCGAGCGCGGGCAGCUGCCGGGGGUGUCGGUGCACGGCGCAGCCCCUUGCUGCACCCCUCGGUUUCUUCGCCUCCCGUGGGGUUUGUAACGCAGAUGCUCUUCCAG